AGUAAAAAAUAAACGAAGAUAAAUGGAUAAAUUAAAAAAAAUAUAUCUUAAGUAGAGAGUAAGGCAACAAAAUAGAAUCCACACAUGUAUGAAACUUGAGGCAACCACAAGCAUACCUUUCGAAGCAUUUAAUGAAUCCACGCAUUUUCACAUGCAUUUUGUUGUGAACUCAAUUAUUGCAAUAGAACAGUUUUUAUAUAAAAAGAAGGGUCUCCUUUUCUCUGUAUAAAUGCACCUCUCAUCCUUCAUAAGUAGUGUGUGCAUUUUAUUCUUCUUCAAACUCUAAACUUCAAGAGGUUAGCAAUGGCUCGAAUGAAUAACUACGGGGACUAUAACAUGGGUCAAGGAUACAAUUGGGAGAGGAUGCGACCCUCUAGCAACAUGGACCAAGGGCCGAAUUGGGAUGGGACGAGGACGACUACCGACAUCACAAGGAUUGAAAUCUACUCGAGGGGAGCAAUUGAGACAGUUAAAGUACAUUAUCCUAAUCAAGAGUUCUCGACUUUUCCUAAUCCUUGUGCUAACUACCCUAAUUACUCUGGGGGAGUACCAAGCAGCUAUGGACCAAACAAGAUUGGAGCAAUCAAGGUCGGUGAUUGGGGUGCCAACGUCGGCAACCAAUGGGACAUGGGGCCGGUGAACAAGAUCACAAGCAUCAAGAUCCAUUCUGGGGCCGUUGUAGACUCGAUCGAAUUUACUUACUUGAUGAACGCAUCCAUCCAAUCAACUCCAAGAUAUGGUGGACGGGGCGGUAACCCGAUUGAUCUCAAAGAGGGAGAGUACCUGAGCUGCAUGAGAGGCUACAUCAUUUUAAACUACCUGGGAUUGCCUUGCAUAAGCCAAAUUAUAUUUGAGACCAACUUAGGGAAUUAUGGGCCCUAUGGGAAAGGGAGUGGGGUGCCCUUUGCCCUUCCUGUGCUAGAAGGCAAAAUUGUGGGUUUCUUUGGACGUGCAGGGGACUUCAUCACCUCAAUUGGCUGCUACAUUAUUCCUAAUUGAUCUAAUUAAUUGCAAAAUUAAGGGUUGGAUUAGGUUUCAUGGAGUAUUUGGAGACAAUGUUAGCACUAAUUAGAUGUUGUAAUAAUACCUAAAUAAUGGCAGUAGAUUUGGUGGCAAAAUAUUUAUUUAUUUGUGAUCAGUGAGCUAUUGGUUUAAUUUCAGAUUUCUUUGUGUUUAGUAUUUGACUCAAAUAAAGAAAAAAAAUGUCUUAAGCCAUUGGUUCAACUGGUUAACCCAAAACUAGAAGUCGAUCAAAUCCGAUUAGAUUUUUGGCUGAUUCAAUCAAAAAAAACAUGGUCCAAUAUUCUCCACAAUUACUAUUUUGCCUCCUAAUUGCUAUCAAAACACAAAUUUAGUGUCAAACCUACUGCUAUUGAACUCAGACUCAGGUAUGAAUAUCUAAAAUAGAUGUGGAUCUAUGUGAUAACAUGAUUGUUUUUCAAAUUGUUUAUACGCAAUAAAUGAAGAAAUUAUGCAAUGAACAAGUGAAAAGGGU